AUGCCUUCUACCACUGUCCAAGCCGGUGCCCAGCGCCCCCGUCCCCGCCCCGCCACUACCAGGUGCCAAUGGAUCGCCAUCACCAUGAUCAUUUUUAUGAUCACGUGCGGAGGAAUUGCCCUCCUUAAUUGUGUCUUGCUGGCCUUUGAGGCGUAUUUGGACUACAGCGUGAAGAUGGCGGCAAUCGCUGCCACUACCAUCGCCAUCACCACCAUCACCACCAUCACCACCACCGCCACGACCAUCACCAUCGCCGCCACCACCACCGCCGCUAAUUUUUCUUCUGGGGUCUGGUACUUGGAGUAG